GGUAGUCUCCAGGAGUAGGCUAGGGGCUGGCUUUACGGAGAGAGCUGAGGGAUCCACAUUUGUAUGCAAACGGAGCAUGCAUCUGCUCGUGAUAGUCUGAAGAGAAAAAAAAAGUUUAUAGCAAACAAAUAUAAUUUACGUCGAUUUCAAUUUCCACUGGAUUUACUCUUGGUCUCACCCAUGGAUUUUAGAGUUGUCGUCGCUUGUAUCUUGGUGGCCGUUGUCACGCAAGUGUCGUCCAUUGGCAGUGGCUCAGGGGAUGAGAUGCGUCUGACGGCCCCGCACCAGAGCCUGGUGUGCCCCGAGGGUGCCAACGUGACGCUGAAGUGCGAGCAUCGUGGCGGGCACCACCAGGCGGGCGAGCAUGCCCACUGGCUCUGGCUCUACACCCCUCACCUGGAUCGCCGAUGCUCCAGCAAAGAGCACCCGCGCAAGGGCAAGAACCCACACCACAACCACACGCUGCCCCCCUCCGAGGUGGCGUCGUACAAUGCGGACGGCUCCUAUAUGAUGGUGCACCUGGUGGAGGUGAAGCCCUCUGACCAGGGACGCUACUGCUGCAUCGCCUUCGACACCCACCACAAGGGACACAACAUCCCACACACACACAUACUGCUCACCGUCGGACCACGCCGAGAGGGAGAUCAGACCUGUACAGAUGUCAGCAGCAACGCCAAUGAAGGUACAGUUACUGCUGGCUUUGCCACCGCUGCGUGCAUCAUGGCCUUCCUCUGCCUGCCUCUCAUCCUGGUGCUGGUCUACAAGCAGAGGCAGAACGCCCAGGCCAGCAGACGUGCACAUGAGCUUGUUCGCAUGGACAGUGAGGCUCCGGGCCAUGACAACCCAGUGUUUCUGGGCGCCUCCCCGGAGGUGAAGCCGCGCACCGUGUCCCAGAUCCUGUCCCGCCAGUCCUCCGAUACCGGCCGACACCUCCUGCUGUCCGACCCCGGAACCCCACUCAGCCCUGCCUUUGGAGAGGUCUUCUUCCCCUCGCAAGAGCCUAUCCCAGAGUCCCCUGAGUUCCUGCAAGUGUAACCUGGAGCGACCUUGACCCUUGACCUGGAAAUGCUCCGCGGUCUAUUUCUUCCUCCGCAGUCUCUCUCACGCACAGCUGUGCUAAUCCCCAAAAAUCUACUCCGCUCCGAGAGUGUGGUGCGUGUGUGUGUGUUUGUGUGUGUAUGUGUAUGUGUGUGUGUGUGUGUGUGUGUGUGUGUGUGUGUGUGUGUGUGUGUGUGUGUGUGUGUGUGUGUGUCUGUGUCUGUGUCUGCGUAUGUGUGCCUGAGUAUGUAUGUCAGAAUGUGUGUGCGUGUGUGUGUGUGGGUGUCUUUGUGUAUAUGAGAGUGGGUCUGGGGAAUUCGGAGCACCACACCCCCACUUGUGGACAACUGGGAGGAGAAAAACACCAAAAAUAAAUUGUAAUAAGGGAUUAUAAAGUGCCAGCACCUGCAACAACAACAACUGAAAUACCAAAAAACCCAAGGGAAAUUGUAUUCUCUGCAGUAUGCUGCACCAGGCUUGGCUUUUUGUGUAGCCUGAAAUGACUCUUUUGUCUGUAUUCGCUUGUCUUGGCGCUGGACUGACAGGGUGCAGGACUGUCUCCUGGUGUGCCAAUCUAGAACAUUCCACAGACGAGGAUGCGAAGAAGGGUCGGAGUUUUGAGAACGAAUUUGGAGAGAGCAACCUCAUCAGACCCCUCUGGACUUCCCAUUUCCUGCUUUUGGACUUGCCACUUCCCAAAUCCCAUUUCCCACUUCUUGUUUUUGGAUUUCUUUCUUACUUGUCGAUAAUCAGACCCUGUUGCUCUGCUGCUGUAAACAUGGACUGCCACCAUCGGCACGGAGGCUGCCGCUGCACGCACUUACUCUUUCUCCGCUGCCCUUCCCUUGUCCCUGUAGCCUCUGCGCUAACUGUUGCUAAUGUCCAUGUUUGUUCACCAUUAGCCUUAAACGAUGUGUGUGUGUGCUGUUGAUGAUGAUGUAUGAUAUUGAUUGAUAUUGAUGUAUGAGUGCAUUUCAGCUGUACAUUGUACAUAUUGUUUUUUAGAUGUACCUAUAAAGAAUGGGUGUUGAUGUGAAGAUGGAUGAAUACCUGUUCUAAUUUGUGUGUAGGGGAUUGACU